CGUCAGCAGUGCUUGUCUCUGGAACAUAUCCUACGUGAGUUAAUACAAUGUUGACCAGACAGAGGACAUGCCUUCCACUGGAAAUUUCCGACCAUUGUCACAGUCACAGCCUGCUUUGCAUUGGAGGAUGCGUGAAGCUGAGAGGAAAGUUCAGUGAAGCAUUCCAGUUGAGAGUAGAGUGCAUUAAUGGAUGCACUCUGAAAGCCUUUUCUCCCGUCUCUUGCUGAUUUUCCACAAUGAAGAAAUCAUUGAGGAGUCUGUGUUCCUAAGCCCUAUCAAAACUAAACAACGCUAAAGUCUCAGGUGACCUGAUUUCACUUGUUUGGAUAUGGGAGAGUUGAUUUGAAAGUUGCUGCUGGAUUGAGCUCUGGACUUGUCUCAUUGUCCUAAACCACAAGUGAAGUGUGGAGAAUGAAGCCAGUCACUCCAGUUAGCUCCCCCUCCCCUCUCAGGCUGCUAAACAAAGGCCCUGAGUAUCUACGCAGGCAAAUGGAAAGUGGGAACAGGGGCCGGGCACCGAGUGCUGUUGAGAGACUUGAAGCAGACAAGCCUAAGUAUGUCAAGAGCCAGAGAGUGAUGAACGCCAAGCAAGAGACAAUUGUCAGCCCUUCUGUAACACCACAGCCUUCUGCUCAAAAUUGGGUCAGAUCAGAUGAGGCAAGAAGUCUGUGCCAUGAUUUUGAUGCCAGAAAAGAGAAUGCCAAUUUGGAACAGAUCAACAACAUCAGAAAUGUUUUUGUGGACAAACCAUCCCACAGUCCAGUGGUCACGAGGAGGACCACCUCUAAGAGAGUCAUGAGGCCAGACUCCUUAAUCAUUUACCGGCAAAAACGUGACUGCAAGACAGGCAGCAGCGAGAACUCCAGAGGCUAUAACUUCAUCCGACGGCUUUUUCAGGGGUCCACCAGGGACAAACAGGUGAGCUCCCUCGAGUUGCCAAAGAUCAUCCUGAAGGAGGGCAGUAGGUCUUUCUCUGAAGGCAAUUCCCCUGUAAUGUCACGCAUUAGUCAUCUCAAUGACUGUGAAGCAAGAGAGGUUGAAAAUCUUUGUACCAAACACUUUACUAACAAGGAAAUUCCUGACUCGGUUUCUCCAAACCUUUGCUUAACCAGAACUCUCAACCUGCCAAGUAACCUUUCUGAAGCGAAUAGCCAAACAGCCUUGAGAAGCGGGACUUUGCAACAUCCAAACCUGGACCACUUGCUGCGUAGCUCUGUUGCUUUGUCAGAAGAAGAAAGGUUUUUUAAUUACUGUGGGCUCGACCCAGACGUGGCAGAGUAUCUUGGGCUGUCCAACCUCUCUCCUGCUCCUUCAGACUCAAUAUCACCCAGAAUUCAGAAUGUCAGCAUGACUGAGAGUGAUGGCAGUGAAUUCUCUCAUGGAAGCAGAGAUGGCGAAGGCCUUUGUGAGGAAGAAGUUCAUGAGCAGGUCUCUUUGGGGAUAUCCGUCAUUGAACGAAAUGCACGGAUCAUCAAGUGGUUGUACAGUUGCAAAAAGGCCAAAGAAGGACCAAAGGAGUCAACAGUGUAGAGGUUUAGAACUUCCACCAAAAUGCAAAGAGAAUAUUUUCACUGAAGUACAUUUUGUUUUAAUCAUUAAUGUCUUGGAGAACUGAACUAGAUUCUGUCUUUAGCUCAACCAUAUGGAACAUAUUUAAAAAGUUUUAUUUUCUUAAUUUAACUCCAAAAACUGAUGUUCAGCUUUGGUCUGAAAGUUUCAGUUGAAGUAAAUAAAUGAAAAAGGGAUGAUGAAUGCAACAUUUUAUUGCCUUGAAGUGGACUGGGGGUUGGGGGAGGUGUGGUAGAUCGGGGGGAGCUGGGAGUGUGCUUUCCUUUUGUGGAGUAUUUAUACUCAGAGGUCAUCGACAUGAUGCUGGUCUGUCUUCACACACUAAUUUUGACAUCACACAUACCCAGAUCUAACGUCUCACAGGUAAGAAAGAAAGAUCUCCAUGGGAUAACCUGAAGUGCCUGACAGCUAAUUGAGUAUUUGUAACUAUUUGCUCUUCUAAAUGAGAGUUGUGACGAGACAAUUUGAAGCAGCAAGCACUCAUAUACGUCAAUGUGAUUAUGACAACCUGUUUUUAGUGUUUGAAAGAUAAAUGUUGGUCAGACAGUGGAAAAAAAGAUACCUGCCCUUCAAAAUGGUGCCAAGGGAUCUUCAUUCAGUUGGAGAGACAAUGGCUUUGGACAGAGCCUUGAUUUAAUGGCUCAUCCAAACGUUGACAUUUAUGACAUUAAGCACUCCUUCAGUACUUCUCUGGAAGUAUCACACUUGAUUUUAUUCUCGAGUUUCUGAAGUGGGACUUGAACCCACAACUUUGGUUGUGAGAUCAGAGUGUUACUCUCUGGGCAGAAUCAGUCACCCAAUAUAAAAAUUAACAUUUAGAGGUAAAGUAAAACUUCUUUUUCGAUAUGCUGCUCCAGCACAGACACAAUUCUAUAAGAAUAUCCUUGACUGUACCAAUGUGACAAUUUCAAAAUAAGAUUAUCAAAUUAAGGGGAUGUCUGUGCACAUUAACAGCUGAAUUGUGACUGCACGAAAUGAUCGUUUGUAGGAUGAGUGAUGAAAGUUGUUUUUCAACUCCUGGGAUAGCAUUGUGCCCAGGCGCUGGAACCAUUCAGCAACUUUAAGCAAAAGCCUCCACGUUUGAACCAACAUUUUCUUUUAUAUUUAUAUAUAUAAAUAUAUACACAUACAUACAUAUUCUGAAAAACAUGCAUCAGGUUUACAGGAAAUGACAUAAUGUGAUCUUCCCGAAUACAACCUUGACAAUUACAUUUAAUAUAAACAAUUGUUCAAAUAAAUGAAAAAAAACUGGGUUUUUUUUGAAGGAUUUCAAAACUGU